AUGGCUACGGGUGUCUCAACCGAGAUGCAAGCCGAGGAGAUGAAGGCCUUGGAAAUGCCUGCGAAACGCAUCCUUCCUCAGAGAGUGCUUGAUGGAGAUUGGCUAAGCCAUGAGCUUCCGAAGCUACACAAAGAUUUUUAUUUGAACCAUCCUGAUCCAGCCCUGCGCUGCGAGCAGUUCUGCUGGGGAAACCUUGAAGAAGCACACCCUGUGCUUGGGCGACGGACACAGAAUGAGGCUGCAGAAUAUCGAAAGUCUCGUGGCAUUGUUGUGACCAGCGUCCGCGGACGGCCCGCACCAAAGCCUUUCCAGACCUUCCAGGAGACAAGUUUCCCGUCUUUUGUAGAAGAAUUGGCAAUGGAGCUGUUUUCAAGCGAGGCACUGCCCUUUUCCGUGCAGGCACAAGCGUGGCCGUGUGCAUUGGCCGGGGCAGACGUGAUUGCUGUGGCACCAACUGGAUCUGGGAAGACGUUAGCCUUCUUGCUGCCAGCCCUGGUGCACAUCAUGGCCCAACCUGUGUUAACGGUUGGCGAGGGUCCGAUUGCCCUCUUCCUGGAGCCCACGCGCGAGCUCGCUGUUCAAACGCACGGUGUGGCGCAGCAGUUCUGCAGUCGGACCAAAGGUGAGGACUUGCUUCGUGCGGGUGUGAUCUAUGGAGGUCAGGCGGUAGAGCUUCAGACUCCUCUGGAGGGUACUCCGGACUUUGGCAGAUGGCCGGAGAUUUUAGUUGCGACUCCAGGUAGGCUAUGGGAGCUCAUGACCAAGAAAUGUUGGAUCAGCGCCAAGCGCAUGAGUUAUGUUGUCUUGGAUGAAGCGGACCACAUGCUUGCAGCUGGAACAUGGCUGAUUCAAGUACAGGAGCUGCUUCGGCUGCUACGCAAGGACCGACAGCUUCUUCUCUUCUCGGCCACGCUGCCGCUCGAAGCCGAACGGGCAGCGCUUGACAUUUGUGGCGAUGAGCUUUUCAAGAUUCAGGUCAACCCCAAAAUCCCCAGCAUCUCGCAGGAGGUGAAGCUUUUCCCGGGUGCAUAUGAUGGUGGUCAUCAGGCGAAGAUGGCAGAGCUUCAGCGAUGGAUUCGGGAGGACUUGAAAGAUGAGGAGUCGUUGUUGAUACUGUGUCACAGAUCACAAAUUGGCUAUGUUGCCUCUGAUUCGAAGCUUCGAGAUGCCGUUGCAAGCGUGAGUCCGGAUGGAAUGCGUGCAACUGCGGUUCUUGACCAUCAGCAAAGGCAUGAAUCGCAGCAGUCUCCCUACAAAGACUUCGUGAGAAAAGCAACGCGGGCUCUGAUUUCAACUUUCUCCUUGGCUGGAAGAGGUCUGGACUUCCACGACACUGGCUCGUACUCGCAGUUGUCGCUUGCUGUGGUGCUUUUUGAUUUCCCUGCGAACAUGGGUGAAUACGCAAACUGCAUUGGCCGCACAUCCCGUCCUGGACAGAAGGAAGGAAGGGUGUAUGCAUUUCUGCCAGAAGGCCGCUUCUGGAUCGCUGGAGAACUGAUUCAGUUGCUAGAGCAUUGUGAACAGCAGGUGCCCCGAGAGCUGCAAGAUUUGUACAGCCAGGAUGCAGCCUUCAUGGCGGAGGUGAAAGCUGCCAUGCAGCAGCUGCUUGCCGGGGAACUUCGCCCAGAGUCGCUUCCACAAAACCAAGGAACAUACGAUCCAGCCUCUCAAGUAUGGACUUUGCCAGCCAGCAUCCCGUCAUAUCGACGAAAACUUAUUCACACACUGGCUGACGAGCUUAGCUUGCCUCAUGUUUCGUAUGGUGCCAAUCGGGACCGGAAACUCUGCAUGGCCACAGAUCGAAAGGCCCUGCCUGAGAAGUACUUCGUCGAGGGCGAGGCCGUCGUAGUGGUGCCACGCAAUGGACACAUGGACCGUGGAAGAGUCAAGGAUCCUCGCGUCAGAUAUCGGCACAUCACGGUCUGCUUUGACGACACGAAAUUCUUCGGUGAGUAUCCCAUUGAUGUCCUAGCCGACGAUGUCUGGCCAGAGGGCGAGGAGCCAAGUGGUCGUGACAGGCACGGGUAUCUUGGACGGCGGACCUAUGCAGCGUAUCAGAGGUAUCGCUAG